UACUUCACUAUGUCCAGCACUUACAUUAUAGAACCUCAUGAGAAUGAGAAGGAUUCUAAAAAAGAUGAUAAUUUUAUUAUUGUGAUCAAUGAUGAUGGAACUAUGGCUGUUGAUCAAGAAACUUUACAAAAUUUAUUAAUAAACAAAUCAAAUGCAAAUGUUAGCGUUGUGAGAGUAGGACAAACUGAAAAUGAUGGUAAUCUAACAUUCACAGUGGAUCCAUCAAAUUUUGAACAUAGUGAUUCUCCAAUCACAGCACCCAGUAACAUUGAUACUAACCUUGAUGAUCCUUUCAUGGCAAUGGAUCCAGAACAGUUGGAGAAGCUUGAAACUGCUCUACAGAGUGAAGAAGCAAAGCAAAUACUGGGCGAAAAUGUUGCUGCGAUGCUUGAUAUGUUAACAGUUGAAGAACAUCAGAAUUCUAUAAGAUAUGCUGUAGAAUUAGAUCAUUGUUACACGAGCCGGUCAUCACCUUUGGAUCCAGAACCACUAGAUCCUUUGCCAAUAGUGAACUCGCCUGAAAAUGAUAAUACUGGUAUGAUUAAUCUCACAAUGCAUCACCAAUCGCAAUCAACAGUAUUUACAGCAAUAGAAAAUUCAACUCAAAUGACAGCAUCUCCAGUAAAGUCAAUAAUAAAGACUAAACAACCUGUUGGUCGUCCAAGAAAAACACCUAUUUCUAAUUCACAAAUACCAAAUGCUCCUAAAUCUUCAAACUCUAAUGUUUUGCGAAAUCUUACUACUCUUCAAUUAGAAAAUCGAAAAUCAACAACAGUAAAUCAAGAAGAAGAAAAUAAAACAAAUGAUUUAUCAUCUUCUACAGAAUCUUCUGAUUCUGAAACAUCCGACAAUGAUUCUGACUUUGGACCACGAGGACCUAGAAGGUCGGGUGUUCGAGCUCGUGGAGGUCGCAGAGGACUUACUACUCGUGGUGGUAGCAUGUCAGCAACAAGAAGACGUGGUGCAAGCAAACGAAUGGACAUUGAUCAAACACGUAAACAUGAUAGUGAAAUGGCUGCAGUGGUUAAUACAAUGAAGCAUUCAGAAAAAUCAGCAGCAGAUGACUAUUUGUCUGAGAGUCAAUUAAAAAAGCAAAUUAAAAUUAAUCCUAAUCAAAAGAAAGAGGAAGGAUCUUUAACACAUCAAUCUUCUGAUGAAUUAUUAGUUGUUCCUGAAAACAAUUUACAAACAACAAACCAAGCAAAAGCAAAUCUCAUAAAUGCAAACAUGAUAAAAGGUGAUAUGAUUUUAACAAAACCAGGUCAAUUAAAAAAUCAAAAAGUUUAUUUUAUUAAAAAGAAAGUCAUUGAUAAACCCGAAGACAUGAAGUCAACUUUUACAAUUGCAUCGAAAGAUCUUAAUAAAUCUGCGAACCAAAUUCAGACUAAGCUUAUAACUUCUCAACAUGGCAAAUUGAUGGCAGUAACGCCGAAGUCUAUUGUAAAUAAUUCACCACAAGUUAUCCAAUCAGAUGCUGAUAUAAAUACGAUAGUACUUCCAUCGACACAAUCUCCGGCAUAUACUCAACUUGUACAGAAACAACUAAUUAAAUCUUCACCUGUUACGUCGUCAAUUAAAAUUAAACCGACUAUAGAAGUAAAAAAAGAUAAAAAAAAGCUUGAAGGUAGUUAUGAACCAUGUCCAAAACUAGAAGAACCUUUAAAAACAAUAUCAGAUGUGAAACCAUCUGAUGGAGUUAAAAAACAGAUUAAAAAAGAUCUCCGAAAAUCUCUUGGUACUUCUGUAAGUUCCUUGGAGCCAGCACUCUUUUCUACUCCUGAUAUCAUCAGAAGAGUUGGUUCAAAUAAUGAAUCUAAAGGACACGAUUCAAAUGUAUCAUUUAGUUCAGGAACAUCUAUCUCUAAUGCUUCAGGAUCAACUUUAACAUCCUCGACGGUUGUGUCAUCUGAUGUUCCUUUUAAAUCUAAUAUUGAAACUCUUAAUCCAGAAGUAUCAGCUGAAACUAACAAUUUACUAUCUCAAUCCCUAAUUAAUUCAGAUGUUUCAACUAUAAUGUUUGAUUCCGACAGUCUAGAAGAAAAAAGUAUAUCCAAAUUACCUGUUACUGAUGAUCUCUCUUUAGAUCCUGCAUCACAAACUGUAAUUAAUGAAGAAAUUAGAAAAUCUGAUGAUUCUGUUCAAAACAUAGUUUCUGAUCAAAAUGGAAUGGAAGAAACAGAACAUCUUCUUGCAACAUUAGAAAUGGAAGCUAGUAAACAUGAAGAAGAAUUACUUGCAGAGGCAUUACUACUUCAAGAGCAACUUGAUGUGGACUUAACAGAUACUGCAACGUUAGAUGAAUCAACUAAUGUCGUUCCGGAUUCGUUGCUGGGAACAACGAGUUUCAAUACAGAAAAAUUAUCAGCUAUUACCACGCAAUCUUUUCUAGAUGAAACAGUCGAAAGAGUGACAAAUAUUGAUAAUUUAGCUGAUUCUCAUGAAGCAGAGCAGUUGAAGAAAAAGAAUAUUAAAGAACCACCAUCACAAAUUUUUCGUGGUGGAAGAAUAAUAACGUUACCACCUAUUGAAGCACCAGCAACAAGAAGUAAAAAGUUACAAGUUAAAUUUGAGUCGUCUUCAAAACCGGAUGAUGAAAAAAAAAGUGACAAAGUUAAGAAACAAAUUACACAAGCUAAUCAAAUAGAAGAUAUGGAAUCUGAAAUAGAAGAUGAUGAUGAAGAAGAAAAUUCUGACUCCGAAGAUGACCCUAAUCGGCUUUGGUGUAUUUGCAAACAGCCACAUAACAAUCGAUUUAUGAUUUGUUGCGAUGUAUGUGAAGAUUGGUUUCAUGGAAAAUGUGUUAAUGUGACUAAAACGACGGGUAAACAAAUGGAAGAAAAAGGACUAGAGUGGGUUUGUCCAAACUGUACCAAGAAAAAAUUAGUACAACCUGCAUCAACAAUAACCAAAUCAUUGACAAUAAAAUCGCCUAAGACAGAAUCUCAUACACAAAUUUCAAAUACAGAAACUUCAUUAACACAAUCGUCUGAUGGACAAGUUGAAGUAGCGUUGAAUGUUAAACAAAAUGCUUUAUCAAAUCUUGCAGUUACCCAGUGUGUUGUGUGUAAAAAAGAAGCAAGAUCAUCUAGUAUUUAUUGCUCCGAUGCUUGUAUUCUUACUCAUGCUGAAGAAACAUCAGUUAAAGACAAGCAAGUUGUUCAAUCUGUUUCAUCAAAACUUAAAUUAUCUUUGAGUGAUACUUCAAAAUCCAAUUCAGAGGCUAGAGUUAUAGUUUUUGAAAAAAAAACUGGAACAGUUUUAACUGGCGUUGAUGCACCGAUGGCAUCUAAUUUAAAGGCAUGGUUGAAAGAACAUCCAACGUUUGAAGUUGCUCGAUCAAGUAAUUUGAAUAUUUUGCAAAUCGGUGAUAAAAUGGUUUCAGCAAUUCAAACAUCAAGUCCAGGCAAAAUGGUUAAACCCAAUCAACAACAAUCAAAAACUGUUCAACCAAAAAUGGUUUUUACUAAAGUUGUCGGUUCAAAACAAACAGUAUUGACAUCUAAUAAUAAAAAAGUAACUGUGAUUUCUAAUUUACAAAAUGCAAAUAUUAUUUCAAAAAGUGGGCAAAUAAAACAAAUUCUUGUUAGCUCAAAUAAAAGUCAACCCAUAUUGAAACAAACAACAUUGAAAAAUGUGGUGAAUCAAAACAAAACCCUUCCAAUAGUAAUAAAACAAACUCCAGUUAAAAAACAGGAACCAAAGUGUUCAACACCACCGGCAAAGACGCCACAAAAAUCUUUAAAUUUGAAAAAGUCAGAACCUGAACCAACAAUAAGGUUAAAUGUUCGUAAAACAUUGACAGAAUUGUUAUCAACCAGAAUUAAAGAGACAGACGAUUUGAGAUUAAGCAAAGAAGAAAUUGAGAAUCUUGCUUUAAAAAUUGAGUUAGAAAUGUACAAAUAUUUUCGAGAUACUGGAGCCAAAUAUAAAGCAAAAUACAGAAGUCUUCUAUUCAAUAUAAAAGAUUCUAAAAAUUUGACAUUAUUCAGAAAAAUAGCUGAUAAAUCUCUGACGCCUGAUGCAGUAGUAAAAUUAAGUCCUGAAGAAAUGGCAAGUCAGGAAUUAGCUGAAUGGAGAGAAAAAGAAACGCAGCACCAACUAGAAAUGAUUAAAAAAAACGAAUUGGAUCUUAUGGCUCAAGCGAAAUCAAUUGUUGUUAAAACUCACAAAGGUGAACAAAUAAUUGAGAAUGAUGGUGGCAUAGAGGCUGUAGAUCCAAAAACACCUGUUCAAGAUAUCGUGACUGUUUUAAAUAAUGUAGAUAAUACAAGUUUAGAUACUUUAGAUGAAAAAGAAGACACUUUGUCUUCGUCAUUUGAAGAUGUAAAAAAAAUAAAACGUAAUGAUGACAAACAAACGAAAAGUAAAGAUCGAGAAAAAGAAAAAGAUGGUCAUAGAUCAAGAAAAAAUAAAGAACAUGAUAAAGACUCAAAAAAAGAAACAAGUUCUAGUAAAAGGAAGCAUCGUAGUAAAGAUCGAAAUCGCGAUAGAAGAAGAAGUAAAGACGAAAAACGUGAUAAAGAAAGAAGUCGCGAACGUGAUCGCGAUAAAGAUAAAGAUAAAGAUAAAAAUAAAAAUAAAUCAAAAGACAAAGAUCGAUCACGAAAAAGUAGCAAAAGCAGAAGUAGUUCACACAGUAAAAGUAGUCAUAAGGAAAAACAAUACAAAGAUAAAGAAAAAAAACGAAAUGAACUUGUAGAUGAUUCAAAACGAGAUGAAAGCAAAAAGAAAGAAACAUCUCCUGUUCAAACUGGUAAAUUAACUGAAGAUCGUUUGUGGAGACACGUUGAAGAAGAAACUACGGCUAAUACAUUAGAUGGCAAUGACUCUGACGUAUCUGAUAGAGAACCAAGCUCGACAGUCAAUCUUGAAAGUGUAGAUAUGAAUGAUGAAUUGGAAAAAGAGAAAGAUACUAUAAUAGAGUCUAAAUCUAUAGUUAUAGCUAAAGAUUCAACAAAAAAUGUCUCUCAAACGGUUUGGCGAGGAUUCAUUAACAUGAUAGAUGUAGCUAAGUUCUUUAUAACAGCUCAAGAAGUUAGUGGACAGGCAAAAGAACUCAUGGAAGAUCUACCAGAUACCUUCGAAGUUGUUGGAAGAAUUAGUCAUGAAACUGUAUGGGACUAUAUUUCAAAAAUGAAAAAAACUGGUUCUAAAGAAAUCGUUAUUAUAAGAUUUACAGCAGCUAAUGACGAAGAAAAAAUUCCAUAUAUAACUCUUUACAGUUAUUUAAAUAGUCGAAGUCGUUUAGGCGUUGUUGGAAAUGUUUCAAAAAAUAUCAAAGAUUUUUAUAUAAUGCCUUUUUCAAGUCAAAGUCAACUACCACCUGUACUAUUCCCUCUUAAUGGCGUUGGUCUUGAAGAACAGAGACCUCAUUUACUACUUGGUAUAAUUGUACAAAAUAAACGAAAGCGAUUAUCUCAUAAUACACUUUCGAUACCAUUGUUACCUAAAGUUCCAAAAAAAGAUUCUGAUCGCAGUUAUACUCCACCACCUGUUAAUAUUGCAACAGAUAAACUCGUUAAUUCAACAGAUGUUAUUGGUGAAAAAUCUACAACCAAUCAGUUAACAGUGAAUUCAUUUAAUAAAACACAUGUUGGAGUAUCAAGAAAAAUAAUAGACAGUGCAACUAUAUCCAAAAUAGUUCCUGAACUUUCAGAUAAAAUUGACUUGACUUCUUCUGAAAAACCACUUCUAGAAAAAGAUGAUGAUGAUGAGCCAUACAGUCCUGGUGAUAUUGAUGAUGAUAUUGAUGAUAAUUUACUUUCACCAUCAAAGAAUUCAAAUGAACUUCAAAGAAAAAUGGAUGAAAUUAAUCGGCAAAUCGAAGAACAGAAACAGCAAAUACAAAGUAUCAGUUCAUCUUUUCUUGGUGAAUCAGUUCCUACUUUACCGGGCCUGGGAUUAGAUCCUUCAGAUAAUGACUUAAAUGAAGCAUAUAGCCCUACAGAUGUACGUUCUUUUACUCCACCUCCUCAAGGUAUUUCCAAAUUUACACAGCCAAUUCUUGAUAAAGUUUCAAAUAUUACGAUACCACCGAAUCUUCAAGAGAUUUUGGCAAAUGUUAAGCGUCAAGAAUGUUCCAAAUUUGACCCUUAUUUACCUUCAAAGCCGAGUGCUUCAUUUUUAACUUCGAUUAAUUCAUUAAAUUAUCAAAAAGAAAAAACUUACACUCCAACUGCUGUUACUAAAGAAAGUAAAAGUACAUUGCGAUCAUUGAGUGAUUUUGAUCUUAUAAAAAAGGCCGAAGAAGAACUCGCUGCGGUUACACCAGCUCCAAUAAUGCCUGUACCAAACAUGCAAACAUUAAAUUCUGUUCAACCAUUUGAAAUAGCUAAUUCCGAAUUUUCCACCUCAUCCAUCGAUUCCUCAGAAUCAACAUACCCGCCAAAAUUAACAGAAUCAGUACAAAUGAGUCGUAUUUCGGAACAACCAAAACCUCCAGGACUUGAAGAUGAAGAACUUCCAACAUUCCCUUCCGUCACACCACCUACGUCUGAUGCGUACACGUUAACACUUCAAAAAGGUGUUUCGCAAAGUGGUAUUAUGUCUAUGAAACGUAAAGUAAACGAUGAUGAUAGUCCUUUAUCACACAUAAAAACUCCAAGAGUGAAAUCAAGAUGGAGUCAAGAAACUUCGGACUGA